AUGUUGCAAUACUUCAAAUAUGUACGAAUAAAGAUUUUACAAGCACCGUUGUUACUCUUUCGGUCUACAUCGCGAUCGUUAGUUCAACUGCUAUGCGUGGUGUUAAUUUUUGUAUCAAGUCUAAAAUCAUUAUAUGUUCAUAAUUUCAUGCUUCACAAGAAUUUCCAAAUUGUUGUUAAUCCUUGUGUUGUUAAGAAAAAAAUACUCAAUCCCAGGGCUACUAAGAGUUUACACAAAAUAACAUUCGUUUUGAAAUCCGCUGAAGAAGAAUUGGAUGAUUACAAAUAUUUCACCGAUGAUGAGUACAUCCCACCAUUGCCCCCUGUUGAGACUUGGGAAGAAUUAUUGAUGAAGGAAGAAAUACGGAACAAGACAGAAGAUUCAAAGAGGAGUGUGGACGACUAUACAUUGUCACACGAAAGCAGAGAAAAGGUGUUGGAUAUAAUGCGACAGACACGUUUAAUAAAUCAUUGCAAUUAUGAAGUUCAAAAGAAUAAGAGGAAGAACAUCCUCUAUUUUGUCACACCAAAGCUGGGGCCAUACUGCAAACUGAUGGAGGGAGACAAGGAUAAAAUGGAAAGCCUAGUGAACAAAGUAAAGGAAAAAUUUGGAAAUAAAGUGCAAAUCGUGAAUUUAAAAAUGGACGUAAAAAUGCCAUUAUUUGAAAUUUUUUUGCAAGCAAAUAUUCACACGCAAAUAAAAAUUUUUCAUGCACGAGGAAGAACAUUACAAUAUAGAUUACCACCACCGUUCUGGACAAAAUGUAAAAUUUUAAAAGAAAAUAAAAUUUUGCAGGAAAAAUAUGGAGGAGAAUGCGCACCUGGGUUAUUUCCCAGAUAUGAUGAAUAUCAAAUAAUGCAAAUUAUGACCGAAUGUGUUUUUAACGACAAGUAUAACUACUAUGUGUAUGAAGUGAAUUUGGAAUGGGAAAAUUUAUGUGCUCUUACCCCUGAAAACAAAGAACUGCGAAAGAUUGUUCACCAAAAUGUACAUGUUCCAACUCGUUUAGCUGUCAUCAAGGCAUUCGAGCAAGGAAUAGAAGACUUUAGAGAUAUUAUAAGAGAGGAAUAUCUCAUUAUGCUUCGUGAAGAGAGAAAGAUGAAAGAAAAUCGAAGAUACAAUUUUUAA